AUGUGGGUGGAGAGUCAGCACAGAGCAAUGGCUCGGUGGGUGUCUUGCAAGGUCGAACAAAAGGUGGACGACCUCACACGGGACUUGCAGGAUGGCCUUGUGUUGGUGAAGCUUGUCAACGUGAUCAUAGACGAAACGGGCUCCGUGUCUUACCUGCUCGAACCGAUCCACAAGAACCCCACGUUACACCUCCACAAGGUGGAGAAUAUCGACGACGUGUUGAAGUUUUGCAGACUCAUCUUGAAGAUCAACACCUGCUCCAUCUGCGGCGAGAACGUCGUAGAGGGCAACUUGAAGUUGAUCUUGGGGCUCAUAUGGACCUUGUUCGUCUAUGCCACGCUGACGCUGAUUCUGGUUGCUAACGAGAGCAAUUCUAUUCAUGAGAUUAAACGCAUCUUGCUUCAGUGGAUCAACAAGAUUCGCCGUUCAAAGGCUCUUGACGAGACCUCCAACUUCAGCAAAGACUGGUCCCUCCAGGCUGGCCUGCGUCCAGACUUGGCUUUUGCAGCUAUCUGUGACUACUACCUUCCUGGUGUCCUUUUCGACUACCAGACUUUUAAAAAGGGUAAACCGCUAGCGAAUCUAGAUAUCGUUCUUCGGGACGCCGACCUGAAACUACAUAUUCCCCAGCUCAUGGUUUCCAACGACUUUAAUGUGCUUGUACCUGACGAAAAAUGCAUGAUUUUGUACCUUCUACAAUGGUACACUUUCUUUGAGUUGACUCCCGACGUUCCAGACUCGCCGGUGGUGCAGCAGGAAGAUAACAAAAACGAUGGUUCUUUGACCAAUUUCAUGAAGCUAGUGUUGGAGGCGCUGAGGACAAAAUUGUCGUUUGAAGGCAAAGCUAUACGCCUUGUGGAUCAGAUCAACUCCAAUAUUAUGAAGGUGAGCAAUAUCAACGAGGAACUAUGCUCGACAGUCGUUCCUGCCAACUUGGGCGAGCUAUUAGAUCAGUUUUGCCUGGAUCUUAGCGGCAGUGCUGAUGUGAGUGAGCAGCUACGGUCACGAACACAGUUUCAACAGAUACUUAUGUUUUCUCAAUUCUUCAUUGACCUUCUAACCGCAUAUGAGCAUUUCACCAUUCAAAUUAAACCAACAUAUUUGCAUCACGACUUUCCCGAACUACAACUGUUGCUCAAAGCAAUUGGGCAUACGAUUUCCAAGACAGGAAUUCCUUGUUACCAGCCAGAGAAGAGCACCUCGCUCUCGACAAUCACCAUCAGACUAGAGUGUCUUAAUGAGCUCGAUAGCAUUGUUGGAGAGAAGAUGCUAGAAGUGUUGGACAUGAUCAGAAACUCAAAAUUGGCCCAGACAGAUAGACUCAUAGCAAAACUAGAAGCCCAUCUAAAGGCUAACAGUCGGCGCCCAGUGCCAGAAUCCCUCAAGAAGUAUGUGGACGAGCUUAGCCAGAUCAUGGAGAUCAAGCAGCAAUUGGAUCGCUUCCAUGCAAUUCUCGAGCCCAAACACAACACACACAAUUUACGUGUGCUUCUAGACUCGCUAGAGACCAUUGAUGUCCCUGAAACGCCCCAGACACCAACUACAGAAGAGACAAUGGCAUUUUCCAGGUUCCAGAAGGUUGUUCUGGAGCAGCACAACCAGCAAAACCUUAGUCAUGCAGACCUACAGCGUUUCCUUCAGCAAGUGACCGGUGGAGAGCUUCUGAAGAACGAGACCAGAGAGUUGAUUCUGCUUGUGCCUUCUAGACGAAUGCUCAAUCGCAGCGAGAGCGACGAGUUCUCCAUGUACAACCUGGACGAAAACACCUCGAUCGACGAGCUGGUUCUCUUCGACAAGGUCCAGGAGACAAUGGAGCAAAAACUCGCCGGCACGUACAACAAGCUCUACAAUUUGGCUGAGUUUGUCGAGAGGCUUGAAAAGGGCUUCUCAGUGUAG